AUGUCAGGCGGGUCAUCCGUCAAUUCCUCAGCAACCCAUGUUGCUUCAGAGUAUGGUCAGGAGUCAAGAUCAGACUUUGGCUCGCCCCCUGGAACACCCAACACCCUCGUUCAAACCCAAAGCCACUCCUCGCGCCGCGGAUUCGCCGUAGCGGAUGACCACUGCGACGAGUCCGAGGCCAAGCAGUAUGGACGGUUCUCACCCGCGCGCAAAGUUGUCAUUCUUUGUAUCCUGUCGUACUGUGCUUUCCUCGCUCCCAUCUCUUCCACGGCUAUGCUUUCUGCCGUGCCGGAGAUAGCCAAGACAUACCAGACCACCGAAGAGAUCAUAAACGCUAGUACGGCCCUCUAUCUAGCGUUCAUGGGCGUCUCGGCUCUAUUCUGGGGGCCUCUAAGUCAGGUCUGCGGUCGUCGUCCGGUUUUUAUUGCAAGCAGCGUUCUUUUUUUCAUUUUUACUAUUGCCACCACGCUCUCUCCCAACCUGACUACGUACUUUAUCUUCCGUGUCCUCACGGCCUUCCAAGGCACAUCGUUCCUGGUCGUCGGCAGCUCCGCCGUGGGAGAUAUCUACGAGCCUAAAACCCGCGCUACAGCUCUAGGAUGGGUUCUUUCGGGCAGUUUAGUAGGCCCUGCUGUGGGCCCCUUUCUCGGUGGCGCUGUGGUUACUUUUCGACCGUGGACAGCCAUCUUUUGGCUUCUCACCGCAAUGGCCGGCUUUGCCGCCGCCAUCAUCAUUCUCUUCUUCCCGGAGACAAUUCCUUCCAAGUCUAACUCUGACUUCGCCGGGCAGCCCGUCCCUCGUCAGGCCAAGCUGCUCUGGCACCGCAUUAACCCGAUUCGAGUCUUUGCUCUUUAUGCCUCCUACCCCAACCUUUUCUGGACCGGCCUGGCUGCCGGUGCUCUCGUCUGGAACCAAUACGCCCUGCUCACUCCCAUCCGACCCGUUCUCAACCCGCGAUUCAACCUCACGAGUCCCGUUCAAGCUGGCUUGUUCUACCUCGCCCCCGGUGCCGGCUUCUUAGCCGGAACCUUCGUUGGCGGCCGCUGGGCCGAUUAUUUUGUGCGGAAAUACAUUGCUCGCCGAAACGGCCUGCGCAUCCCCGAAGACCGACUUCGCUCCUGUCUCAUCUUCAUCUGCAUCCUGACGCCAGGUUCCAUCCUCGUCUACGGCUGGAGUCUAGACCAGGACGUCGGCGGUAUCCCAGUCCCUGUCGUCUUCAUGUUCCUGCAGGGUGUAUUCCAACUCUUCUGCCUCCCCAGUCUGAACACAUACUGUCUCGACGUGAUGCACUCUAAGGGUCGCAGCGCGGAGGUGGUUGCCGGCAGCUAUGUCUUCCGAUACGUUUUCGCCGCCCUGGGAACGGGAGUCGCCCUCCCUGCUAUCCAGGAAAUGGGCGUGGGCUGGUUCAAUACCCUCUCCGGGCUAUUCUUGGUGCUUACGGGCGCGAUGGUCUGGUUAACGGCGGUCUUUGGCCCGCGCUGGAGAGAAAAUGUCGACAUGAAGUGCGAAGAAAAAGCGGCGAGACGCAAGGGUCUUGCUUGAUUUCUCUUUUCUAUUUUACCCCACUGUUUCCUCCCUCUCCGUCCCUCUUUGCAUUUCUGUUUUCUUGUUUCUGUUAUCUGCCAUCUCACUCCUUAUAAUCACUGUAUAUAUGUACAUUCACAGAGUAGAUACUACCUACAUAGAUACCACUGGGAGGAAAAAGAGGAUUCACAAAAAGGGUGACUAAAAGUGGC